CUCUGCUCGGCUCGGGUUUCAGACUGGCGCGUCGGUCAGUGAGUGUUUUUGUCGCUCGCUGGAGAAGUUGCAGGAGUUGGGAGCUCGUUACUGGGAUUUGUACCGACUCUAUCGAACUGGAAUAUACACACUUUUACUGAACACACACACACACACACACACACACACACUAACUAAGCAAGGAUCAAGGGUACACGUACGGAUACACACCGAGGUGAUACGCGCACGGAUACGGAUACACGACGCGUGGAAGGAAGCUGGAGGACUCAAAUGAGGUGAGGUAACAGUUGGGACUGUGCAGUAGCGGCGGUGUGAACUUGGAGGAGGGAGAUGAACGGCGUAACCAUUCUCAACCUGCUGCUGCUGCUAACGGUUCGGAACCAUGCCGUCCGCUUCCCCGAGGACGCCGCCCCCUUCGACAGCGUGGACCAUCACUAUUCCCGACAGUACCCGGUGUUCCGGGGUCGGCCGGCGGGGAACGAGUCUCAGCACCGGCUGGACUUCCAGCUCAUGACCAGGAUCCAGGACACGCUCUUCAUCGCCGGCAGGGAUCAGGUGUAUUUAGUGAGUCUGAGAGAGUCGUACAGGAACGAGAUCACGCCCUACAGGAAGUUAACGUGGAGGUCGAGCCAGGCGGACCGAGAGAACUGCGCCCUGAAAGGAAAACACCGGGACGAGUGCCACAACUUUAUUAAAGUUUUGGUGCCCAGAAACGACGACCUGGCUUUCAUCUGCGGGACCAACGGGUUCAACCCCAUGUGCCGUUACUACAGGCUGGAUAACCUGGAGUUCGACGGUGAGGAGAUCAGUGGGUUGGCGCGAUGCCCCUUUGAUGCCAAGCAGACCAACGUGGCUCUAUUUUCAGACGGUAAGCUGUAUUCGGCCACGGUGGCGGACUUCCUGGCGAGCGACGCGGUGAUUUAUCGCAGCAUGGGAGACGGAUCGGCUCUGAGAACCAUCAAAUACGACUCCAAGUGGUUAAAAGAGCCGCACUUCCUGCACGCAGUGGAUUAUGGGAACUACGUUUACUUCUUCUUCCGAGAGAUCGCUGCAGAACACAACAACCUUGGACGGGCGGUGUACUCCCGGGUCGCCCGGAUCUGUAAGAACGACGUGGGCGGAUCCCAGCGGGUCCUGGAGAAACACUGGACGUCGUUCGUCAAGGCUCGUCUCAACUGCUCCGUCCCCGGAGAAUCGUUCUUCUACUUCGACGUCCUGCAGUCCAUCACCGACAUCAUCGACAUCGACGGGGUCCCGUCUGUGGUGGGCGUGUUCACCACCCAGCUCAACAGUAUUCCAGGUUCGGCCGUGUGCGCCUUCUCCAUGCCGGACAUCGAGAGAUCCUUUAACGGACGCUUCAAGGAGCAGAAGACUCCAGAUUCGGUGUGGACGCCCGUCCCCGAGGACAGGCUGCCCAAACCCAGACCCGGUUGCUGCGCCGCUCAUGGAUCAGCCGAGUCCUACAAAAGCUCAAAUGAGUUUCCGGACGAGACGCUGCAGUUUAUAAAGCUGCACCCGCUGAUGGACGCCGCCGUGCCCGCCAUCGGAGACGAGCCCUGGUUCACCAAGACCAGAGUCAGGUACCGGCUGAUGGCGCUGGCGGUGGACAACGCGGCGGGUCCGUACGGGAACUACACGGUGGUCUUUAUCGGCUCCGAGGAGGGAAUCGUGCACAAGGUGCUGGCGAAGACCGCGCCCUUCUCCCUGAACGACAGCGUCCUGCUGGAGGAGAUCGACGUCUUCAAUCAGGCUAAAUGUUUGUCGAGCAGCGAGGACGAGCGGCGGGUUUUAUCCUUCCACCUGGACACACACACACACACCCUGUACGUGGCGUUCUCCAGCUGUGUGGUCCGGAUUCCUCUCAGCCGCUGUGAGAGACACAAAAACUGUCACAAAGCGUGUAUCGCGUCUAGAGAUCCGUAUUGUGGUUGGAUGCCACAUGGAGCUUGUGAGAGGAUUCCAGCAGCAGUACAAUCUGGUUUUGAACAGGAUGUUGAGUUCGGUGACACGACGAGACUCGGCGACUGUCACGAUUUUUUGAGCACCGCUUCAGCUCCGGGUUUCAAAUCAUACGGCGACGCCACUGCUGCAGCAGGUCAGGACCCCCCGGAGCCGCCGUUCACCUCCUCUUCAGAUCCUCUAAACCCCCCCCACACCCGCCCCUCCUCCGCCCCGCCUCGACUCUCCGGCUCCCGGGAACACGCCCUCCCCGACGACUCUUCCACCUCGUACCGAGCGGUGCUGGAGGGUGUGUGGGACAUCCAGUCGGCCGACGCUAACCAGCUGGUGCACAUGAACAUCCUGAUCACGUGCGUCCUGGCCGCCUUCCUGCUGGGGGCGUGCAUCGCCGGCGCCGUGGUCUACUGCUACCGCGACGUCUUCCUGCACAAGAAGAAGCGGCGGGUCCACAAGCUGCCACGCGGCAAAGACGAGGAGUCGCCGCCGCCGUCCAGCUCGGACUCGGCGGGAAGUCUGGCUAAGCUGAACGGUCUGUUCGAGAGUCCGGUGAAGGAGUUCAGCGCCAUGGAGACGGCCAGGAUCUACUUCAACCGGGACGACGACAAGAGUCCCGACACCAAGAUCCCGGACGGAGAGAACCCGGAGCUAGCCGCGCUGCCCACGCCCGAUUCCACGCCCGUGCUCCAGCAAAAGGGGGUCCAGCCAAUCAAGAACCAGUGGGACCGGGGUCAAGGGAAAGGGUGCGCGCAACAGAAGGAGGCGCCGCCCAAAAGCCCGCAGAACCCCAGCAUCCCGAGCGCGGUGGUGCUGCCCAACGCCACCCACGAGAAGAGCGGCGACACCGGGAGCGUCAAAUCCAUCCGGAAAGAGCGCCGGCGCUCCAUGGACGCCCGGAACACCCUUAACGAGCUCCUCAAGCACCUUAACGAGACCAGCGACCCUAACGGCAUCCUGACGGACGCGCCCCGCCCCAGGCAGCACCUCACGCUGGAGCCCAUGGGCACGCUGACCGAAAUCCCGCCCAAAGUCCCGAGCCGGGAGGCGUCGCUGUACUCGCCCACGGCGGCGUACUCGCCCACGGCGUCGUACUCGCCCUCGUCGUACUCGCCCUCGUCGUACUCCAUGUCCUCCUCCCUGCCCAGGCACAGCCCGACCAAGCGGGUGGACGUCCCGUCCGUCCCCCCGUCGCCCACGGGACAGACGGGCACCCUGGACCGCCAGCGCUUCCACCGCGGCGGAUCCAUGCACCGCCACGCGUCCGGCGGCGGGAUGGUGAUGCGCCAAUCGAGCUUCAACCGCGGCGGCCUGGGCCCGCCCACGCCGCCCUCCCGGAUGGACUCUCACGGCAUCGCCAGGCAGCACAGCUACAGCGGGCACGGCUCGCUCACGCGGACUUCCGUCAAAAGGACGGCGUCGUUAAAACCCGACGUCCCGCCCAAACCCGGCGGGUUCGUCCCGGUGAACGCCAGGCCCAUGAACAAGUACAGCUACUGAGCCCAGCCCGGAGGACGCGGAUGCUAUACAGCGGCCCACGAGCGAGGGACAACGGAGGGCUGUUAGCGUUCACAGCUAGUGAGCGAAUCGCGGAUAAAACGUAGCUGCGGAACGUAGCGGUACGCUGAGCGCGUGGAGUAAAAAAACAAGGUACUCUAGCUACUCCGCUAGUUUUUAUUUUGGAAAGGACGUGAAACGGCGGAGUGAAAACACGCCAGGACCUACUGACUAGCCGCUUCACGUGGCGAACACUCCGCUCACUAGCUAAAUAAAAAGGACCGGACGGCGGAACUGCGAACAGCUACUGAACCGCGGGAAACGAAAGCCUACGAGCUAAACGUGUAGCUAACCACGACUGACAGGUGACCGCCGGCCCUCGAGGCGGCCGGGUCGCACAGGGACCGCGGUCACGCCCGGACACGAGUUGCAGGAACACUUGAAGAACUUUUCUUGCAAACCAGCAACGAGGAAAAGCGCGCGGCGCUAACCGCUAACCGGACCGCGCCCGUCUGAGAGUUACGCACUGGGUUCAUCUCCUCACUGAUAAAUAAAUAUGAAUAAAUGAUCUUAGCAAGUGAAAACGUUCUAAAUAUGUUUCUAAAUGUUCCACGUCUAUAUUCUACAGUUAUAUUAUUCAUAUAUAUUAGAUUGGAUAUUUAGACCAAAAUCUCA